UUAGAUUUUGGUCGUUCGCAGACGAGCGCGCUAGAUGACAGUAGCAAGACCCGCGACCAUAGGAGACUGACCAUCUCGCCAGCCGAUGACCCGACUGAGAAAACAUCCGUAAGACACGGAGAGGCAGUGCCAUUCCUUGGAAGAGAAGAGAACGUUAAGAGUGCGGCCGAGUAUAAUGUCGUCUUCCUGAAAGACGCCUUGUCGAUGCCAUCUCAGGACUCGAAUUGGCUACCCAUGACUUUACGGCUUCCUUACUUGGUAUUCUUGAUCAUACUGUCACUUGCACUAGGAUCCAUUGUCUGUGUGCUUACAGCUCUAUCUGCUCGAAACGAUGGCCUGGGUAACGACAAAGAUUCCUCUGCGCUCUUCUUCGGCUGGCGUUUCUCUCCAACUCUAAUAGCCACAAUCUACGCGCUUCUGGUCGGCUCUAUGCUCAACGAUGUUCGAAGGACCGAGAUAUUCGCUCGCUUGUCGAGACCUGGCGGUGCUAAAGCCACUCACACUCUUUGUUUCCCAGCGAGGGCCUGGUGGAAUGACCCUUUCGAUGCCUUGAGCAAGACUAAGAACAACGGCAUACGCAGUCUGGCUUUAUUNUUUGCUUCUUUGGUCAACAUAGUUGUCUUGCUGGUCGUCUCACCACUGUCUGCCGGUCUUUUGUCUCCAGUCAACGUUUUAGUAUCGAGAGAUACGCAUUUUCAGAGUGCAGCCUUGACCCCAGGCUUGCAGUGGCAGACAGAUACGUUUGACUCUGUCGUGUUCCGUACUGUUGCAGGCUCAAUCCUGAACAAGUCUACGUCUGCUUGGAUAAACCCCGAUCACGCAAUGCUUCCUUUUUGGCUCCCUGAUACGAGCAGGCCUGUUGGAUCGAAUCUUGUCACCGAAUUUGGUCCACAGCAGUGGCAAUCUUCGACCACCGUCUUCACGUCAGAGUUUGAUUGCGUGGACCUGAAUGUGGCCAACAUCUUUACGUCUCUGGUGGAGGAUAUAGGAGGAGGCAUGACGACCACUAUGAGAACAACACAGUUCAACUCAUCAGACGGGUGCAGUAUCACAGUAACGGAGGGUUCCAAUUCCAUAGAGGGGUAUCAUGGCGGUUGGCUACCACGCAAUCCGCAAGAUUCCGAGUCUUUUCUCAGUGAAGGUGGAUCAUGGGAAAGCUCUGGAGGGUGUGGCAACCGAUCCUCGAUAAUCGUCAAAACCAUAGACGACAAGUCUAUGGCAUACGUGGGUAGCCUCUGUGAGGCAAAGCUCUACUCGGCCACAGUAAACGCAACUGUCGACAUCGAUGAAGCUUCGACUACAAUCAACUUCAAUGAAGAAGAAUACAUGGAUAACCGCAAACUGAUGGAUCCUGUUCAAUACAACUUACCUGUUUUGGAGGACACCUUCCUAAGCUCCAACUGGUCAAAUAAGUUUUUCACCAAGAUCAUCCAUGUGGUACCUGAAUAUGCAGGCCCUAUGUUGGCCAUCGCUGCGAGCCCAGAUUACAACAACGACGCGGAAGCUCUCAUCAAUAGUCCAAUCCUAUGGGACAGGACAAGAAGACUACAUCAACAGUUCUUCGGAGAAAUGUUGCUUUUGGCGCUAGAUUCGGCUCCUAGCGCGCUCAAACAUGCUUCUGGCACUGUAACCAUCCAGGAAAGACGCAUCAUCGUGGUAUCAAGCAUCGGUAUAACUCUCGCAGUACUGUUAUUCCUGGCCUGUAUCUGUGUUGUGGUAGUUGCAUAUACAACGCGUCUAGGUCAGCGUGCGCUUCAUCUCUCUCAUGACCCAGGAAGCAUCACUGCUGCCGCUUCUAUGAUAGCCUUGGACCGUAAUGCUAGGUUGGAGUUUGAAGGCACAGACAGGCUAUCAAACAUUGAGUUGAAGGCCUUGUUGGCAGACCGCCAAUUCGCGAUUGAAAACGGCGCCUUGUUGGCCACUAGCGACGCAAGUCCUAAGGGUAAGAUGAAUUCGAAAGCCUGCAUUAGAAGGCCUGUGCUAAAGUUUCAUAGGAAANNCUCUUCUUCGAAAGACUCAACCCUGGCAGAGACAGAAUCGAGCGAUCCACGACCAGGCUUUAUUCGCAUCUGGAUGGGUUGUCUAAUAUUGUUAGUGCUACUAGCUCUGAUUGCAGUUCUGGUGGUGCUGUACAAGAUUUCUCGCGCUGGAGGCCUCCACCAGACCGCUCUUCUCGAUCAAUUGAAUGUCAACAUUCUCGAGCUGUCCACCACACUUACUCCAUACUCGAUCAUACCAACGUUGUUGGCCGUCGGGAUCAAGCUGUGGUUCCGAGCCAUAGCGGAGACUUUCAAAAGAUUGCAACCUUUUGUGGUGAUCGCCAAGUCUCCCGAGACACCUACCGACUCCAUCUCAGCAGAGUAUGCCAAUACUCCCAUCGCUUUGGUUUCUAUCAAGGCUCUCAAAUACUCACAUUGGCUGCUUGCUCUGAUCGGAGCUAGCGCCUUUGUGACUGAAGCGUUCACUGUAGGUAUGUCAGCUCUUUGGGACCGUGAAUCGCGAGAAACCACGAUUCCAUUCAUCGUAUCUCGUCAACUUGAGCUACGUAGUUCGCCCCAGCUCUUUCACCAUUCAAGAAUGCACACAUCUCUAUCCAGCAAAGAGCAAGUGCUGACCUCAGUGUUCAACGCUUCUCUCCAAAAUUGGUUGUAUGGUGCUACGAUCGAGAUCACACAAUCUGCCUCGACUCCACCUUGGAGUAAAGAUACCUGGAGCUUUGUGCCGUUGGACAAUCGUGUUAUUCAAGAAGCGUCAUCUUUCUUGAACAAUACUGCGCGGAAUAUAACUGUACAGACGCCAGCACUACGUGCUCGAUUAGACUGUACGCCUGUGGACUAUGCGUCUGACCCGUCCACAUGGCUUUCCCAAGCUGAUUUCCGAAACACGACACAAUGGAACGCGACCAACGUUCCUCCUGGUCUUAGUCAAGGCUACUAUCUGAACGGGCUGGCUGCACAAGGUCCGGGAUUGAGGUCGAUAGCAUGUUGCGCAAACAACACGAAAGAUAGUCUAGGAGACGCGGUCGUCGGCUAUUGGACAGACAAUUCGACGAUUCACAGUUCCCUAUCGAUGCAGAUCAAGUGGAUUCAUGGAUCACCCUUGGACGGUACAUUCAACCCGAAUUAUCCCUUGACUCCAAAAUACAUCUGGCCAGAAGCACCUCGAAUUGCAGCAAUCAACUGUGCGCCAGUCGUCGAACAGGCCAAUGCUUCUAUCAUUGUCGAUUUCGAAACGGGAAUUGUCAAUAGCUAUACGAUCAUGGACUCACCUCAUAAUGCUACCGAUGCUUGGUCUGAUCCUUACUUAUACCACGACACCGACGAGAGCUUCGCAGCGCACUGGCAAGAGAACAUUACAACCAGUUAUGGCUUUAUCUUCUGGGAUUCGCUGCUGGAAGCUGCCCAUGCUGGAGAUCUGAAUAACAUGAAGCUGCUACUGGCUUCUCCUGAAGACCUGUCGGACGGGAUCUUCAAUUUCCGCGAGCCUGGGCUGAAUACCGACUUCAUGUCUUACUCGAUGUUGGCGAUGGCCAACAACAGCAAAGAAGCCCUCUUGGACCCCGCUACCUUGAUCGAUUAUGCCAACAAGACCUUCGGUGUCUUCUUCAAACAUUUUGCUUCAGAGGAAGUCAGCAGCACUACAGGGGGUAGAGCGUAUCAACCGAUCGGUGAAAAGCUGCCUGAAAACUUAGGUCCAACCACGCCGGGCCAAGCUGACCUUGGUCAAGGAGCUCUCGCAACACAGAACGAUAGGAUACCAAUAACCAGAGAAACUCAAGCCAAGCUGAUCAUACCGGUGGAGCAACUGAUCAUGUCGCCAGUUGCCGUCUUUCUCUCCAUAUCGCUACUAGCGUUCCUGGUUCUGACCACGAUCGUCAUGUACACGGUGAAUCGCGCGCACUACAAACUGCUGCCUCGAGAUGUAGAUACACUGGCCAGUAUGUUGGCUUUUGUUCAUGGCAGCGAAAAGCUACUUGACUGGUCGCAGAGCUCAACCCAUACUGGUGCUUGGUAUCGAUCAUGGAGCUCAAAGGAUCAUCCAUCUGAAGACGCUCACGUCAAAGCCCAGAUGGGCACUUUUCAUGACAAAGGUGGCAACGAGAGAUGGGGUAUUGAGCUCGUUGGGAUGCUACACAGAGAUGGACAAGAGCAGAAGCACGUCGAAGGGGAAGGUGUCGAAAUGCACGACAUCGCUGCGGAAGUGCAUACGGCAUUACUGAAGAGAACAAGCAAUGUCUUACAAGAC